GCCCCGAUGCGCCCGCGCGCGGAAGUAUCGGAGCUUCAGGAUCGCCUUAAUCUCAUUCUAAUAAAAAGCUUACGCAUAAAUUGACGCGAUGUCACUUAGAUUCGAAUUUUAAAAUAGUUUUUUUUAAUGACGUGUUCCGUUGGCGCGUUGUGAGGUUGUAUAGGUGUUGAAUUAUGUUCGGCACGUGCUGUUUAUUGUUAUUUUUAUGGUUGAGAUAUUAUUAUGACGUUGUUUUAGUGUGGUGCCGCGAAAAGGGUGGUUUUUCUUAUUGACAUAUCAUUAGAACUUUAUCAUUCGAACUGUGUGGUCGUGUUUAAUUCGAUGCUACGAUGGAUUAAUGUUAACGUGUGAUUAAGUGAUUUAGUUAAUGAGUUUUUGUUUUAUUUUGUUUGAGGAAUUAGUGCACAUCCACGAUGUUUCUAAGAUUCGAACCUACAAAAUCUACAAAGGGUGCGAGCAAGAUGCGACGUGACCUGAUCAAUGCUGAGAUUUCUAACCUGAGAGACCUGCUGCCUCUACCACCCUCCACCAGACAGAGGCUCUCGCAACUCCAACUCAUGGCCCUAGUCUGCGUCUACGUCAGGAAAAUGAACUACUUCCAACAAUUGUUCAAGAGUCACGAUUUCACCUAUCAGUAUCAAGAACAACCGACACCCACACCUAAUAUUGGAUUCUCGAAGGCUAUGAACGGUUUUAUGAUGAUGAUGACGCAAAACGGAAAACUAUUGUACAUAUCGGAAAACGCUGCAGAAUACUUAGGACAUUCUAUGGAGGACUUAUUAAUCCAUGGAGAUAGCGUAUACGACAUAAUAGAUAGACAAGACCACCAGACGGUUCAAAUGGAGCUCAACAGGGGAGAAAACGGAGAGACUGAGAAUGUACCAAAGAAUAGGCAUUUUUUCUGUAGAAUGAACGUCUCUAGAAACGCCAGAAGACAAAUGAGGUUCGGCGACCAAAAAGUAGUUCUUGUAAGGGGACAUUACAUAUCAUACCUGCCGCUGUGCAGUCGCAACGAGCCAGUGUUCCUGGCGGUGUGCACGCCGCUUGCGAUGCCCGAGACGCGCGAGUGCGUCGUGCACGGCGCCACCAACGUGUUUACCACCGUGCACGCCGUCGACAUGAAAAUACUGCACAUCGAUGCCAAUGGCGAGUGGUUUUUAGGUUGGAAGAAAUCAGAGUUAACAGAUGUUUCAUGGUAUCAAUUGAUACACUGGGACAGCCUCAGAGAAGCUCAGAGCAAACAUAGAUUAAUAACUCAAUCAGAGCAGGAUAAGUGCUGCAUUCUACUGGUGAAGAUGCAGCAGCGGUCGGGCCAGUUCCUGUGGGUGCACGUGGUGUUGCAAGUUAAAGAUGCUGCUGACUCACCCAGGCAGUUCAUCGUUGCCACCAACCAGAUAUUGAGCGAAGAAGAAGCAUCAAUAAUGAUGACUAACUCCUGGUUGUACCAGUAUUACGGCUACCAGAAUCAGCCUUGUAGCAUGGUAGACCCCCGCUGCCAGAAGUUCUUCCGGAGAGAACAGUGUUACCAGGAGCCUUACCAAGAGCCGUACCAGUAUAUGGAAAACCAGGAAGUCGACUACGGCAGUUACCAUGUGUCCGCUUAUGUACCGCAGAAGUCUAUAGAGGAGUAUAGUGGCUGUGAAAGAGUUUACACAGAGAGAGGACCCGUGGAUUACUCGACGCACUCCCCGCAGUCAACGAUAAGCGAAGACAGGUCCCCCCACCACUACGACCCCCCACCCGAGAUAGUGGUCAACAGCAACAUGUACAUGUACCCACAUCACGGCAAGAGGGAGUACUACGAACAGUACCCUAGAGUGGGGUACCAUAACAUACAGGAACCGUGCUCUACGGCUGUUCUCGAUGGUAUGGAAUACCCAAGCCCUAAACGAAUGCGCCUAGCCCAAGCUCCGUUAACCCUGGAAGAGACCGACGGCAUGGACCGAUGGAACCCCAGCCCCCCCUGGUCCGAUACUACCUUGAAACUGCAGGAGUACAACACUAGGUUUACAUAUAAUCACAUGAUUCCAUUGCCGACCACAGACAGAGCUAUGGUCACUUAACACGAAGAUUAAAUUACUAUAGUAAAGUAUAAUUCUAGGUGUUGUUUAAAUUAAACGACCUCCAAGAAACAUGAUCACCAAAAAUGUAUUUAUCUCAAUGUAUACUGUUUAUUUUAAAACAGCAAUACUAUUCCGUAAGAACACACUCACUUUUCACCUCGGAAUCCGCUGUGUCGCAUCGUCGUGCGACACUAGACGACGCAGCCUGAAAAGGAUGCGAAACUAUCCCCUCUUAAUUCAAUUAAAUAAUUGUUUGCUCUACCUAUUAAAUUACCUACACUUUAUUUAUUAUUAUAACCCUGUGUUGUCUCUGUGUGUGUGUGUGUCAUGCUUUCAGAAGAACAAUGUGAAAAGCUUAGUAAGAAUUUUUAUUCGGAUAAAAAUUAAUACCGAGCAAUCUCUCUCAUAUCGUGUCUCUCUCACUACGGAACAUUGCCAAAAUUUCUGUGUAAAACGGAAUCAACCACAGAACAAAAAUAAAAAACAAAAGGAUGCGAAUCGUAAAAAAAGUAAUAAAUAGACGAAUUUUAAGUCCGUUAAAGCGUGUUUAUAUUUGAUGAGUGGUGUGCGUGAAAACCUAAGAAACAAAAACGAUUUCAAAUAAAUUCCGCGAUGAAAAUUGAGUUUGUUCAUACAGAAUAGCACCACAGUGCAUGAUCAUCAAAAGAUUUCAUACACAAUGUAUUCUGUUCUUUAUAAAAGUUCAUGAUCCUCAAAAACUUUUUAUUCUCAAUAUAUUCUGUUUGUUCAUUUUGACUUAUGUUCCUUUUGACAAUGAUUCCGGUGAUCCUUUUACCUUUAUGACUUCAUAACCAUUGUAAUAUUACGAUUUGAAUAUUUUCUUUGAGCAACCGUAAAGUAUUUCACGUUUUGAAUCAUAUGAAAUCAUUAUUACAUAAAAAAACUGGCCAAGUGUGAGUCGGACUCGUGCAACGAGGGUUCCGUACAAACCUGUAGGUAUAUUUACUGUUUUCUCAAUUUUUCCUUUACCUGUGCUAUAAUUUGUUUACGUUGCUUCGUACCAAAUUUCAAGAUUCUGAUUUUACGGGAAGUACCCUGUUGGUUUUAAUUCCCUUGCGAGUUUCAAAUAUGUGCGGAAAUUUGCGGCAUAAACGGCUGUAUCUUUUGAUUGCGUUGGCUUAGAAGUUUGAUUUUUUCACAGCUCCAAGGGUCAGUAGAGCUGAGUAUUUAGUAUAAAUUUCAGCUUGAUACCUUCUCGCAUUCCCAAAAAAAGGGUCUUGACAGACUGACGGACGGACAACAAAGUAAUCCUAUAAGGGUUCCGUUUUUCCUUUGGAGGUUCGGGUACGAGUUCAAUACAUUUUUUUAGAAUUCAUAACAAUUUUGCUUAUUUAGAAGAAAUUAGAAUCCAAAUUACCUAUUUUAUUUAUAUGAACUGGUGAUUCUUUAUUUUCAUAGUUUUAAAUAUGCAUUAAAAAAUUAAACUACCUGGCCAAAAAAAGCCUAUUUAUCUAAGAAUAAAACACUAAAGACCAUGUUCACCAAUAUACAAUACCUGUACGCUGUUCUGUUCACCUACUAGGUGAUAAAUUCCCUGAUGAGCAUAGUAGGAACUUAUAUCACAAUACAUACAAGAGCAGUACUUUGACUUCAUACUAGCGCCCGAAUCGACGCACGCACACAGACAAACGUCAUUUACACGGCCGCUAACCAAUCUUGGCAAGACAAAUCUACGCAGUGCCGAGAUUGGUCGUUGGCCGAGUUAAGUUAGCUGCGCCGCGCCGCCCGCGCUGUCUGCCUUCGUUUCGAUUCCGUAACGUAAUAGUAACUAUACACAUACAAUAAAAAUCGACACUAAUCUAUUUUACAUUUUGUAGGUACCAACCCUAGCACUCCUCUCAGUCGUAGGUAUCUAUUUCAAGAAAAUGGCUGAGUUACGCUACUGCUCUUGUAUGUAUUGUGCUUAUAUUCUCUGUAAACUUUAACUUUAUAGUUCAAUGCUUAAAUAUACAUAGUAACAAAGAACUUGAAAAAACAAUGGAUAAACAAACUUAGGCAGUCGACAUUUUUGUAUUUAAUAUAAUAUAUGCCACGUUGUGCAAAAACUGUACUUUCUCAAUUUCUAAUUACUUUGUAUUUUUGUAUUAUACUUAUGUAUGAUUAUACAAUUCUUUGUAUUUGUGCAAUAUUUUUAUUUUACUUUCAGAAUUUCACUUUUAAUUUAUACACGGUGCAAUAUUAUUUAACCAUAAAAAUGUGAAUACAUUUUUUUUAAAUGUUAAACAAACAGCAAACAAUUUUAUUAAACUUAUAAGUUUAUAAGCUAUAGCUUGCAAGUAUAUUUUUCCUAUAAUGCAUUUAUUGAAAAGUUAUAAUAAAAGCAUUAUUAUUUUUUCCUAUUAUACAAUUUCUAUGCUCAGAAAUAUUACAUAAACAAUCUUGACAGUAUUUUAUAAAAUAAGAUUAUAUCUAAGAGUAUGAAUAUAUUUUAGUAAUUAAGUAAAAAGUAAGUUUUUAGUAAGAAAGGUUCCGUCCAAAUAUUUUUCUAUUGAAUUCCAAAGGAAUUAGAUAAUUAUUAUUCUUACCUAACUAUUAAAUGUAAAUAAUUUGCUUUUGUCGUUUCUUCAAUAACUAUCGAUAAGUAUCGACUUACGUUAGAUAGACUUUUUUGUAAAUAUUUAUACUAUUUAAGUGAGUUUCCUGUGAAAAGUAAUUUAAAGAAAGAAUAAACGAAUGA